AUGAUAUAUGUACCUAUAUGUAUUCACAGAAUAUUUGAAUUUCUACAGGAGCCGCCAUUUGUAUUUCGUAAUACUAGUGGACAGGAAGUGAUGUACGAAGGGUAUAGUAUAGAUGUAAUGAAUGAUGUAGCAGAACGAGUAGGAUUCACCUAUACUAUCAGAGAAUGUGAUGGCGGAGUGUAUGGCAAUUUGGAUUCCGAUCAAAGAUGGACAGGAUGUGUCGGUAAUAUACUCAAAGGGGAUGCCGAUAUCAUAGUUGGUGCCAUGACAGUUACAGCUGAUAGAGAAACAGUGGUAGACUAUACAUUACCAUACUACGAUUUCGCUGGUAUCCAGAUUCUGAUGCGGAAACAGAAACAGCAAGUCAACAUCUUCUACUUCGCUGAUGUGUUCUCCAACGCUGCUUGGUUAUGUCUUGGCGGUGUGAUAGCCCUGACUAGUAUUCUACUCCUGCUCUUUGAUAAAUAUUCUCCUGGUCCAGGAUUUUCUAAAAAUGUGGAAAAGAGAGAAGAGUUCAAGUUUAACCUUCAUGAGAGUAUUUGGUUUGUGGUUGGUUCUAUUACUAUGGCAGGAGGAGGAGAUCCACCACGAAGUUUCUCAGCUCGACUUCUGGUAGCAGGAUUCUGGUUCUUCUCUGUGAUUAUGAUGUCCACAUUCACUGCUAACCUUGCUGCCUUUCUGACCGUUUCUAGACUGGGUGUGACUGUAUCAUCACUGGAUGAUUUGGCAGAACAAUCUGAUAUCAAGUACAGUGUAGUGGCAGAAUCUUCAGUAGCCAAUUAUUUUGAAAGAAUGGCGGCCAUUGAGGAGAACUUCUACUCAAUGUGGAAAGAGAUGAGUCUAGGAACCGCUGAAAAUGGAAACAGUAGUUUUGCAGUGUGGGACUAUCCUUUAGGUGAUAAAUAUGUUACGAUUUGGAAAUCGAUCAGAAAGACAGGUUUUAUUAAAACCAGUGAUGCUGCCAUAGACAAGGUCCUUUCUGAGAAUUUCGCCUUGUUAACAGACUCACCAAUCAUCAAGUACAUCACUUCCAGAAACUGUGAACUCACUGCUAUAGGUGACCAGUUUAGUGUCCGACCAUACGCCUUCGCAUUGAAGGAAAAAUCAGUGUAUACUAAGAAGAUUUCAGCAGCAAUUUUAGAUCUACAACAAGAUAGAAAACUAGAAACCUACAAGCGGAAGUGGUGGGAUGAUGGGAAGGUAUCUUGUCCUGAAGACACGAGUAACCAAGGCCUUGACCUUCAGUCACUUACCGGAAGUUUCCUUGUGGUUGUCAUGGGAAUUGUAUCCGGUGUAAUAGUGUUGGGAAUAGAAUUGUUAUGGAUCAAAGCUAAAGUAACUAAAAAGGUAAUAUAG